AUGCCGCCGCCACCGUCAUCGUCACCAAACCCACCGCCUACCCUUACAAAACCACAUCGCCGGCCGAUUAGGACAAUAAUAGCAGUCGUUCUCGCCGUGACGACGACCACAAUCGGUCCGGUUGACCGCCGGCUCCUUCCCCAUCUUCACCGAACUGUUCUUGGCGGUGGCGGGAGACUGGUGGCGGCGGCGGCGGAAUUAAUGGUUGGGGCUUCGAGCGAACUCCGGCGUACGGACGGCGACCGGCGGUGGGUGGGUGGAUCUGGUGAUGGCGGGGCGGCGCUGGGUGACGUAGGAGACGACGGGCGGUGGCUUUGGGCUGGAGAGCCGUCGUGUGUGAAUGAGAUAUAG